CUUGUUGCUACUUCUACCAACAAAUAAUCAUAACUCACAUGCUUUUCGCAUCCACCAACCAGGUGCCAAACAAUGUUCUCAAUGCAAAGGUACUGGAGUUAAUUCUGUAGAUCACUUCAAUGGGCAGUUUAAAGCUGGUGGGCUUUGUUGGCUUUGCAGGGGAAAACGAGAGAUUUUGUGUGGGAACUGCAAUGGAGCUGGCUUUAUGGGUGGAUUCAUGAGCACAGUUGAUGACUAGAUGUAAAAUUUGGUCAUCCUGGGGUCUUAAUGUCUAUAAGUUGGAUUAACAUUUGCCCUUCCUUUUUUUUUCCUUCAUGUAAGACCUGCCUUCUGGCCUGCGAAGAGCUCUGUUAUUUCCCAUUAAUUUAAAAUUUACCAUUAAUGUUUCUUGUCAGUCUCAAUCUCAGUUGUCUUAUUGUUUUUCCUUUUAAAAUAGUUUAGAAAUCAAUGUUGUACCAAAGGAUCAUGUUAGAUUUACAAAUAAAUGAUAAAAUGAGAU